AUGAAUUCGCAUACAGAAGGCCCAAAUCCGCUGCGGCCAUACUAUGUGCCGCCUCCCAUCGGGCUGCCAGAGAGCCAGGUCGCAUCCAAGGUCGUUUCGAGCGCGGCCGCAGAGAAUAUAAGCAGCUUUGGGACGUCUGCUCGGGAUAUAUUGUCUGAUUUCGACUAUGCAGAUUACCUGGGAGACUCCUCGCCGUCGGUGGCAGAGUCCAUCAAGCAGCUGUUUGAGAACGCAGCGUGGCGGUACUCGAGAGUUUUGAUAUCACAGCCAUUCGAGGUUGCGAAGACGAUACUGCAGGUCUACGUUGCUGAAGAUGCAGCUGCUGAGGCGGCAGAGGAGAGGAGAAAGCUGGAGAGACAUAGGAUGGAACAGUAUGAAGAAGAGGAUGUAUACGGUUCUGAUGAUGAAGAUAACUAUUUUACGUCCGCCGCGCCUACAAAUAUGCCCUCUUCGUCGAGAAGCCAUCAGAGAGCUCCCCAGCGGAUAACUGAACGGAGUGGUUAUAUUCCCCAGACAGCACAGCCAAAGUACAUGCUAAAGGUCAAGGACUCUUCGUCGAUGCUGGAUGUACUGUCUCAACUCUGGACAACUAGCGGACCGACAUCUAUAUGGAAAGCAUCCAAUACUACGUUCAUAUACUCGAUACUACUGCCCACAUUAAACACCUUCAUCCGAAGUCUACUAUCAGCCAUCCUAGGCUAUCCAGAAGACUCCUUUUCCUCCUUCCCGGCUGGUGAUAUCAUUACUUCAUCUGCUCCAGGCACAGCUUUGAUACUGUCCUGUCUUUCCUCUGCUCUUUCAGCUAUCAUACUAUCACCCAUUGAUACUGCACGAACAUACUUGAUCCUCACACCACACGGCCACGGCCCCCGAUCUCUGCUCCGGUCAACCAGGCUUCUUCCAAGCCCCAGUUACAUGAUCUCUCCGCACCUCCUACCUAUCACUAUCCUUACCUCCACCCUACCAAAUCUAAUUGCUACCAGCACCCCCCUUUUUCUAAAAUCAUAUCUAUCCCUUGACCCGGUGUUGAACCCGUCCACAUGGAGUCUCUUCAGUCUCAUGGCCCAGAGCCUUGAGCUAACUGUACGAGUUCCUCUUGAAACUGUCCUCAGACGAGCACAAAUAGCAACCUUCACAUCCCCCGCCCUCCGACAGGCAGGCGUAACAUACUCAGCCCCAGCUACGCGGUCACCGACUUCAGAGGGUCCUUCUACUCGAGCAACAAGUUCAAACACCAAUACCCCCUUGCCUACUAUUGUUCCAGCUCCUCAGACUUACAGAGGAAUCAUCGGAACGAUGUGGAACAUUAUCUACGAAGAAGGCACAAAUCCGUCUCUUACAGAAUUAGACACGGUAGAGCAGUUCCUCGGUCAUACUCCCCAGGUAGGCAGAGAGGCUAGCCGGCGAAUGCAAAAACGCCGCAAGGGACAAGGUCUACAAGGCCUGUAUAGGAGCUGGAGACUUGAGAUGUGGGGAAUAGUCGGUAUAUGGGGAUCAGGCUUUCUAGGAGCCUUGAUGAGCGGCGGAGAGGACGAGAUUGCAUCCGACUCUAUGGGCAGGAUGGCCCUUGGAUCGACUGGUGGCCAUGUAGGGACCGAGAAAGGUGCAUUUUAA